GGGCCGUGGCUGCCGUUGAAAUUUGAAAUCCUGUGACGGCUACCGAGCGGGUGCUGCCCGGCGGUGGCUUCAGCGGUGGGGAAGGUUGAGGCCGCCAGGACCCGCGUACCGCCUCAGCCGAGCGUCCUGCGGGCUCGCACCUGGGCCCCGCCGGCAGAAUGAGUCUGCAGAUUUUAAAUGCAGAAAAUGGAGAAAAUGGAGCAAAUGUCAAGGAUGACCUAACAGCGGAAGACUCAGGCUUUUUCUUUGCACCAGAACCUACAGGGAGACCUUCUAUUCUAUGCCUGUCCCAGAAAGAAAACUUGCCACGAAAAAGUGUGGCAAAAGCUAUGAAGGUAACAUUUCAAACUCCUCUAAGAGAUCCUCAGACUCGAAAAAUCUUAAGUCCUGCGAUGGUGGACAAACUUGACACUACUUUCAUGCUUGGUGAUUGCAGUGAAGCCUUGGUGGAUGAUCUUUUAUCUGUACCUGUCAAUGUUGACACACGUCAACAAAAGCCUGAAACUGGACCGAACAAUACAGUGAUAAAUACACAAAUGCCAGAGAAGGUCAGCACAGCUCCUUACCCAGAUGAUGAGAUGCCAGUGAAGAGUCGAGGUUCCUACAAUAUUGAUUUUGAUAACUUAAAUGACAUCAAUCCUUUUCAAAGUGCAGUGCAAUUGCAGCAUUCUCCUGGAAACCUGCAAAAGUCUCCUGUAAGAGUAUCUAGCAGCCCUGAGAGAACUUCUGAAAUAAGUAGUGAUUCUGUUCUGCUGGAUGAUACAGCUCCUUUUGCUUCAACCACAGCAAGCAGAGACUGCCCAAGUGAAGAGAAGACUCUUUCCUCUGGAAAAGAAUCUGUACUGAGAGAGUCAGAGUCUAAUAAAUCAGAGUUGUCCCUUAAGCAAGGAAUCGGUGACUCUGUGAGGGAUGUGAAGUCUGCUUCCACAGGUGUGAGUCAAAUUGAUGAUUUGGCAGGCUUAGAAGAAACAUCUACACCUGCUGUGCAGUUAUCUGGUAACUUGGGUCCCAGUGAUACUGCUAAAACUGGGGAAUCAAAGCUUCAGAAUGUUUCAGUAGCAGAAAAAGCCUCUGUGGAUGAGCUGGCUGUCUCCAAAGGGGAACCUGCAGAAAAGCCUGGUGUCACCAAGGCGGGACCAGUAAAAUUGGAAUUUGACUUUGAUAAUACCACUGUUAGAAAGCCACCUCUGAAGAAACUAGGUAAAAGACUUGGAAUUAAGCCACCUUCCAAAAAAAUUCCUGUUACCAAGACAAAAACGGAGAAAACUGAAGUGCAAAAUAAGGGUCAUGUGGAAGGUGAAAUCCCUGUUCCCAAAGCAUCUUAUAAGUUUGACUGGGACAAACUUGAUGAUCCAAACUUUAAUCCGUUUGGAGGAGGCUCUAAAAUUUCCAGCUCACCCAAGUGUUCUAGCCCUCAGAAAGCUCACCUGCCAGACGAGGAGAAGGAUAGUAUCUCAUCAAGAAGGGAGCUUCCUUCAGUGGAGCAGGACAACAGACCAAGUACCUGUGAAAAAGAAUCCAAAAAUCUGGAAAUCAGUAAACAGAAUGUGGUAGAAGACAAACCCAGAACUCAAGAAGACAAGCCAGGAGUUCAAGCAGAAGCUGAACUUCCAGGAGAGAUAGCCAUGGAGAAACAAAUGAGCCCAUCUACAAUGUCUCUAGCUAAUGUCCUCUCUCAAGAUAAUUUGGUUUCUGCUGACAGUGGAAAAAAGUCAAUGUCUGCAGAAGAAAUUAAACCUAGUUCCCACAGAACUGAAAUAGCAGCAGUUGAGCAGACAGCUAACACUAAACCUGAAGAGCUCUUCAGACCAUCGUCAGAAGUUCUAGGAAUGGGCAUAGAAAUAGACUAUCUGGAACAGUUUGGCACUUCAUCAUUCAAAGAAUCUGCCUUGAGGAAACAGUCGCUGUAUUUGAAGUUUGACCCUUUGUUGAGAGACAGUCCAAUUCCUGGUACUGUUGAAACAAAUACAAAUAUCAUGACGGCUCCACUUCAGCGUGGCCCUGUUGCUGAUUUAAGUAAAUUGCUGAAGGAAACUGAAAAUCCUGCAGUGAAUCUUCAAAGUGAAGACAAACCAAAAGGGCUAGAUCUUCUGGGAACAUUUACAACUUCUGACACUGGUCCCGUAAUUAUAGAUUCCCUGACUAGCGAUGUUCCUCCACUCCCUAUUGCUGCUUCGGCAAACAGUGCAGUGGAUGCUAUUAUCGAUGUGCUAAAAUAUAGCCAAAAAGACAUGGAUGCAGCUGUUGAACUGGUUCAGAGAGAGGUUCAAAAGAAAGAGCUGGAAACUCAGGAAUGGAAAAAAAAGUAUGAUAAGCUUCAUAUGGAAUACAAGGAAAUGGGAAAAAUAGUUGCUGAGUUUGAAGGUACAAUAACACAAAUGAUGGAGGAUGCUCAAAAGCAGAAGGAAUCGUCAAAGAAAGAGAUGCAAAGAAUGAUGGAAGAGAAGCAGCAAGUUAUUUCAGAUCUGAACUCUAUGGAGAAAUCUUUUUCUGAACUCUUCAAACGAUUUGAAAAACAGAAAGAAGCGCUAGAGGGUUACCACAAAAAUGAAGAAGCUCUGAAAAAAUGUGCUGAAGAAUACCUGGCUAGAAUUAAAAAAGAGGAGCAGAGAUACCAGGCACUAAAGGCACAUGCUGAAGAAAAACUGCAUCGAGCAAAUGAGGAAAUUGCCCAGGUACGAAGCAAAGCUAAAUCAGAGACUGCAGCACUACAAGCCAGUCUCCGCAAAGAACAAAUGAGGAUCCAGUCUUUAGAGAGGAGCCUUGAACAAAAGGCUAAAGAAAAUGAUGAACUGACAAAAAUCUGUGAUGACUUGAUCUUGAAGAUGGAAAAAAUUUGAUAGAGGAACUGUCUUGUACAUAUGUCUAGUGUCUCUGACUUCCUGUCUUGUGUUCACUCACUUUUACUUUUAUGUGGGGAAAAAUAAAACACUUUAUUUGUA